ACCGGCUAACUCCGCCAAGGGGUGAAAAGUUAAGAACAAAAAACGGUUUGGACCCUCGCCCCCGAGUAUUGUGGGCAGCGGCUACUUUUAUUCACUCAGCGAUAACGGCCUCAACAAUGACCAGCUCUCCGCAGCAACCUUUGACCUUCCUCAUCACUGGUUGUUCCUCAGGUUUUGGUCUUCUGCUCUCCAGGCUUGUCCUUGACCAAGGCCACAACCUCAUCGCCACCUCCCGUUCUCCCUCGAGAACUCGCGAAGUCGUCGAAGAGAUUCUUUCCCACCCCGGUGCCGGAACCCGCCAGUGGCUGGAACUCGAUGUCAACGACCCAGUGAGAUGCCACGAGCUCAUCAACGACCUGGAAACCUCCAACGGUACUGCCAUUGAUGUACUGGUCAACAAUGCUGGCUUCUGCAUCCUUGGCCCUGCGGAGCUGCUGGAAGAAGACGAGUUGAGAGAGAUGAUGGACACAAUGUACUUUGGUCCCGCUCGUCUUGCACGACUUGUUCUUCCGUUCAUGAGACAGCGGAAGAAGGGUGUGAUUGUGAAUAUGAGUAGUGGGGCUGGGUUGGAAGGAAGGGAGAGCAUGGCUGGCUAUGCGGCUGCUAAGGCGGCGCUGGAUGGAUUCUCCAAGGUUCUCGCUACAGAGGUUGCGCCGUUAGGUGUUAGAGUAUUGACGGUUCAGUUGGGAGCUUUUGAUCAUACAUCUAUGGGCGACAACGCCAGGGCUACAAGACAAUAUCGGCAGGGGGAUGUGCCCACUGAGUAUGUUGGGUCAGUGGCCGACCAAAUUACCAAGACCCUGGCUGGAGGCAAGUUGGCCACUGUGGCAGAUGGUGAUUCAAAGAAAGCUGCCAAGGCAGUCUAUGAUGUUAUUGUUGGUGAGGGGGUGGGUUUUGGAAAAGAAAAGGAACGAAUGUUGCCUCUGGGAAGAGAUCUCGAUAAAAGACUCAGGGAGGUGAUCGGGAGGUAUCAGCAUGCCUUGGACGUUUUUGGGGACAUCUGUAACAAGGUUCACAAAGAUUGAGUCUGAUCGAGUGGUUGUACUAGGCAGCCCUUUUCUAUGAGUCGGAUGGUCCUUCCUGUCUAGUAGUGAAAAAUGCUCUAUUUACCUGAACAAGAUGUCAACCAGC